UUUUCAGCACAUAGCUUUUAUUAAAUGCAGAUAAAUGCAAUAGAGAAUGAUUCAUUGAAACAUGACAUUAAAAUAGUUAUUGAGGCUGUUAGCCUGCAUACAAUAUUAAAGUCCAGCACUGAAGUGUGAAUUACUUGGUUAAUUCAAUGUAGAUGUCAAAACUUAAGUGGCUGUUACUAAAUUUAAGGUGGGUGUCUUUGCCAACCCUUGAACUGCCCUGGUAGAGGGAAUCCAUCGGAGUCUCUCCCAUGUUUCCAAACUCCUGUGUCUGGUGCCUGUCUGCCCACUCUGGCUCUCUGUUGGCAAAUGCUGAGGUGUCAUGGAGUCAUGGGUGGUUUAGGUGUGAAGAAGCCUGAAAGAUCAUACAGCUCCAACUCCCUUGCCAUGGGUGGGAACACCUCUCACUCGACCAGGUUCCUCAUAACCAUCCAACCUGCACUUGAACACUCCCAGGGAUGGGGCAUCCACAACGUCUCCAGUGCCUCACCAUCCUCCCAGUAUAGAAUUCCAUCCCAGAUCUAAUCUAAGCCUGCCCUCUCUCAGUUUAAAACAAUUGUCCCUUGUCCUGACACGGGAUACCUUGGUAAAAAGUCUGCCUUUCUUAUAAGCCCCCUUCCACACUGACAGGUCACAGUCAGGUCUCCAAGGUGCCUUCCCUUUUCCUGGCUGCACAGCCCCAGCCCUCGGCCUGCCCUCACAAGGGACGGGUCCCGGCCCUUCCGCCCCUCCUCGGGACCCGACCCGUGUCUGUGCUGGGCCUCAGCAGCGUGCAGGGCAGCAGAGAGCCGGGACAGGGCCCAGCGAAGGCAGACAGCACUGCAGCAUCCCACGUAAUCACAGAAUUGUUAGGGUUGGGAGGGACCUCUGGAGGUUGUUCAGUCCAGCCCCGUGCUGAGGCAGUGUCAUCCAGAGCAGGUGACACUGGAAUGUGUUCAGUAGCUCCAGGCAGUGAGAUUCUGCAUUGUCCCUUGGCCAGCCUGUUCCAGUGCCCUGCCACUCUCAGCAUAAAGAUGUUCUUCCUCGUGUUGAGGUGGAACUUCUUGUGUUUCGGUUUACAGCCAUCGCUCCUUGAGAAGCGCGCUGACAAGAGGCUGGCACCAUCCUCUUGGAGUGAUGAGAUCCCCUCUGAGUCUUCCCUUCUCCAGACAGGCCCAGCUCCCGCAGUCUGUGCUCUUAGGAGAGAUGCUGCAGAGCCCUCCUCGUGUCCCUCUCUGGUAGUUCCUUGUCCUUCCCUCACGGAGGAGCCCCGGGCCGGGCACGGCGCUGCGGCUGCUCGGGCCCUCCGAGCCGGCAGGGGGCGCCGCCGCCCCCGGAGCCGCUCUGGCCCCUCACUGCCGCGGGCUCGGCCAUGGCGGCGGGCGCCAGGAGGGCCGUGUACCCGCUGUUCCAGAGGGGCGGCCCGCAGCUGCGGAUCUUCCGUCCCAACUUCUUCAUGCUGCUGGUGCGGCCCGGCGUGCCCCAGCCCGAGGACACCGUGCAGUUCCGCGUCUCCAUGGAAAUGACAAAAUUGGAUAUCAGGAAUUACCUUGAAAAAAUAUACAAUGUGCCAGUAGCUGCUGUGAGGACCAGGAUACAGUAUGGUGCAAACAACAAGAGGAAUCACAGGAAUCAGAGAGUGAAGAAGCCAGAUUACAAGGUCGCCUAUGUACAGCUGGGCCAAGGACAAACCUUUCAGUUUCCCAACCUAUUUCCAGAGAAAGAACAAGAUGCAGAAACUCGCUCUUUCGAUGACUUCAGGGAUAAAUUUAUGGAGAAAGAGAAGCAGAAGCAGGAAGGUGACCCCAGACGAGGUGGAGUCCCUGAUUGGUUUGGACUUUGAUGCAACAAGUCAGCUGCCUUCCUUUAGGCUCAGAGGGAUUUUGAUUAGCACAACUUGCACUCUUCUUUUCUCGUAAUUACCGAAUGUUUAUUCUUGGGCAGCCCUUGCUAGUGUGCCUUUUUUCUGGCUGUUUGUGCAUGCCGACAACAAAACAGUCCUGAAGAAAUAAAAAGGAAAAAUAAAUCUGACUGCAGCAA